AUGGACAGCGACGCUCCCGGGGACCUCUCAGGGGCAGUGGUUUCCCCAAGGCCCAUGCCAGGGACAUUAGAGCUCCCAGGGGCGAUGCCGACUCCAGGGACCGUACCAAGGGUCCCCAGAGACCCUAUAGCAUGCUUAGCUCUAAAUAGCGCAAAAACUACUGCAACCAGAGGCCCUUCCAGGGACGGGAGCACUCUCAGGGGCCCUCCCAGGGAUGGCAGCGCCUCCAUGGGCUCUGCCAGAGGCGUUGGCGCCCCCAGGGGCACUGCUAGAGGUACAGGCGUAGGCAGGGGCCCUGCCAGGGCCGCCGUCGCCCCCAGGGGCUCUCUCAGGGACAGCGGCACUCACGGGGGCCCUCCUAGGGCCAGCGAUACUCUCAGUGGCACUGACAGGGACAGUGGCGCUCCCAGAAGCUCUCCUAUGGACAGCGACGCUCCCAGGGACCUCUCAGGGGCAGUGGUUUCCCCAAGGGCCAUUCCAGGGACAGUGGAGCUCCCAGAGGCGAUGCCGACCCCAGGGACCGUACCAAGGGUCCCCAGGGGCCCUAUAGCAAGCUUGUACGGGGGCACUUCCAGAUGCCGUGCCAGGGUCGGUGGUACCCCUAGGGGCUCUCCCAGGAAAUUUGGUGCCCUCAGGGGCCCUCCCAGUGACGGCGGCGCCCACAGGUUCUCUCCCAGUGACAGCAGCGCCCUAGGAGCCCUCCCAGGGAUGGCGGCGCCCCCAGGGUCUCUCCCAAGACCCUUCCAGGAAAGGGAGCACUCUCAGGGGUCCUCCCAGGGACAGUGGCGCCCCCAGGAACAGCGGCACCACAGAGGUCCUCCCAGGGACGUCGGCGCCUCCAAAGGCCCUGCAAGGGAUGGUGGCGCUUUUAGGGGCACUGGCGCCCCCAGGGACUCUCCCUCGGACAAUGUCGCCCCCAGGGGCCCCCCAAGGAACGGCAGCGCCCUCAGGGGCCCUCCUAUAAGCGGCAGCACCCUCGGGGGCCCUCCAAGAAACGGUGGCGCCCCCAGGGGCCUUGAUAGAGGCGGUGGCACUCCCAGGAAGAGCGGCGCCCUCAUGGGCCUUCCUAAAGAUGGAGGCGCUCCCAGGGGGCCUGGCAGGAGUGGUGGCGCCCCCAGCGGCUCUGCCAGGGGCGGUGGAGCCCCCAGGGGCCCUCCCAGGGACAGCAGCACCUCCAUGUGCCCUGCCAGAGGCGUUGGCGCCCCCAGGGGCACUGCUAGAGGUACUGGCAUAGGCAGGGGCCCUGCCAGGGGCGCCGUCGCCCCCCGGAACUCUCUCAGGGACAGCGGCGCUCACGGAGGCCUUCCCAGGGCCAGCGAUCCUCCCAGUGUCACUGCCAGGGACGUGGCGCUCCCAGAAGCUCUCCUAUGGACAGAGACCUCUCAGGGGCAGUGGUUUCCCCAAGGACCAUGA